AUGUCCCACAAAAUGUCUCCCCCCUUCCCCGACCCUCUCAUCCUCCCCCCUCUCAACCCCCCUCACAGCUUCACACUCGUUCUCCUCCACGGCAGAGGCAACUCCCCCUCCUCCCUCCUCCCUUUCUGCUCCCCCCUCCAACAAUCGUUUCCUUCUCUCAAAAUCAUCCUCCCCACCGCCCCCAAGUCCCGAGCAACUAUCUACGCCCGCUCCCUCAUCACCCAAUGGUUCGACGGCUGGCACCUCGACUCCCCCGCCUCGGUCCUCAACCCAGGCCAGGACGAGUGGAGGUCUAUUGACGGACUUCAACAGACCACAUCAUAUCUCCAUGAUCUACUCAGACAGGAAAUUGCGCUGGUGGGUGGUGACUCGAGGAGGAUGUUCCUCGGCGGGUUGAGUCAAGGGUGUGCAGCUUCGCUGAUGGCUUUGCUGCUUUGGGAAGGGGAACCACUAGGCCGCUGCGUGGGAAUGUGCGGAUGGUUGCCUUUUGUUAGGACAGUUCAAAGGGCGACGAAAGACUUCGCUAGCAGAAAGGGUGACACCGAAGAAGAUGAGUUUGACCCAUUUGGGGGUAAUGGUGAGGAUGAUGAGGACAAGCCGCAAGAUGUCGAAGCUGCUGCUGUGCAGGCUUUGCGAGAAAGUCUGGAGCUAGAAGGCAACAGUCCUAUCACUCGUCCAAAUUCCUUUGAUACACCUGUGUUUCUGGCGCAUGGAACCGAAGAUGACAAAGUCCUCAUCGCUCAUGGCAAAGAGGCAGCAUCGACUCUCUCAGAACUGAGCGUCAACACCUCCUGGAACGAAUACCCAGGUCUCGGCCACUGGUUCUAUCCCGAAAUGAUCACAGACAUCACCGCCUUCCUCAAGUCACAGAUACCACAGCAUCGACGAUAA